AAGGCACGCAGGGAGCAGUGUGGUUGUUUGGUGUGAGGCUGUUUGGCGCAGCCGACUGCCUAGAUUCGAAUCCUGGCUCACCCCGUGCAGGUUGUGUGCUUUGGACAAGCUGCUCAACUUCUCUAGGACUUGGUUAACAAUCUGUCAAAUGGGGAGAAUAAGAGCACCUAACACACAAGCUGGUGUGGUGUGAGGGUUAAAGGAGGUGAUAGAUACAACUUGCUUACAAGUGUCUCACACACAGUAAGUGAUCAAUAAGCGAUGAUUAUGGUUUAGUAGUAAUACUGUUGCUGAACGUGGAGAACACUGGAGCAGAUAGGAAACUGAGAGGCAGAAGGGAUAAAAUUAUACAGGGUCUUAAAUGGUGCCCUACUGAAUUUGGACUUUAUCCUAGAAAUGGAGGGGAGCCAGUAAAUGUUUGAACAAGGGCAGACACGAUCAAAUUUUUCUGCUAGAAAGGUCACUCUGGCUGCAAGGAGGAGGCUGGGUGAGAUCUGGAUAGAAUGAAGGCAGAGCUGACUGGUGUUUGGCCUUGGCUCUGUGGCCCAUAUGGUUCUAGGAGGUAAAUUUGGGAGCUUCCUCGGUGUCAACUUGGGUUUUGGCUUCGGAGUCACCAUGGGAGUGCACAUGGCAGGGAACAUCUCUGGGGCCCACAUGAAUGCAGCCUUGACCUUCACCAACUGUGCACUGGGCCGCAUGUCAUGGAAGAAGUUUCCUGUGUACGUCCUGGGUCAGUUUCUGGGUUCCUUCCUGGCUGCUGCCACCAUCUACUGCCUCUUCUACCCAGCCAUUAUCGAAUUUUCGGGCGGACGUCUGACAGUGACUGGCCCCAAAGCCACCGCUAGCAUUUUUGCCACCUACCUUCCUGACCACUCAACACUGUGGAGGGGCUUCCUGGAUGAGGUGCUGGUGACAGGGUUGCUCCAGCUAUGUCUCUUCGCCAUCACGGACAAGGAGAACAACCCAGCGCUGCAAGGGACACAGGCCCUGGUGAUCGGCAUCCUCGUUGUUGUCAUUGGCAUAUCCCUGGGCAUGAAUACAGGAUACGCCAUGAACCCAUCCCGGGACCUGCCCCCCCGCUUCUUCACUUACAUUGCUGGCUGGGGUAUACAGGUCUUCAGGGCCCAGAACUGGUGGUGGGUGCCGGUGGUGGCACCGUUCCUAGGUGCCUACUUAGGUGGCAUCAUCUACUUGGUCUUCAUUGGCUCCACCAUCACACGGAGGCCCCACAUAUUGGAGGACUCCAUGAAGUCUGAAGACCGCAGAAUACCUGUGUUGCCCAAGACCAUGCCAAACCCAGCCACGACCUCUCCCCUCACCCCUGUCUCUGUGUCUCCCACAGUCCGAACUGUCGCCCCCUUAAGUGAUCCCAUCCUCCUAGAGCAAUUCUAAGAAAGAUUAUUUGUGACCCUAUCCCCCCACUCCAAUAAAGAAAGCCUUGUCCAACACAGCGGCACCCCCACUUCCUGGGUGCCUCCUGUGGUUGGGCUUCCCCACUGGAUUCUUCCAGGAACUCCAGGGUUAUGAAGUAGCCCAAGGCUGGAGCACAGAGCUGAGGGGUCUCUAACUCCUUCCAGCUUUGGGAACUGGGGUGGAAUGGGGGAAGACCUGACCUAUGACCUCAGUAGAACAGGAGAUUAAAGGAUGCCAGACACAGAAUGGUGGACUUCGAGGCAUAGGAUAGGGGAGGGAUGGUUUUGGGGAAAGGACAACAGUUAGCUGGAGGUAAGCUCUGGGGAUACUUUGAGCUUCCCUGGGAUGGGACUCUAGUCUCCCUCAGUUCUGGCUAGUCCUAGACCAGACAAAGCAAGGCCCAAGCAUGUAGAUCAGAGUUUCUCAACCCUUUUUUUUUUUUUUUUCAUUAUUGCUCCCCUCAGAAGCCUUUUAGACAUUUUCUUUCUUAAUCACAUGGCAUUUUAAUACCACAGAUAUACUAUAUGUGUUUAAGUAUUGUGUAUAUACAUAUAUGUGCUUUAUACAAAAUAGAGUAAGAUUUUUCCAUCUUUCUCUUCCAAGAAUCAGUGUUCUUACCUUUGGAGGAAAAACCACCCCCCACCUUGAAAAGGUCUAAUGUAGACUGAAAGUAGGUGAAGGGUUUGUUUCCUCUUUUUGCUACCAGUGCCAGAGCUCUCCCACACUAAGUCUUUCCGGAAUCAGAAGGAAGAUGCAGAGAAGGAAGUUCUUCCAAAAGAUGCAGGACAGGAAAUGGCUUCAUGGGGUUCAGGGGACAGGCACAGAGGCUGGGGGGGUGGUGGCAGCCAGUAUCCCCACCCACUCUGGGAUCAAACAGGAAUUACCCUGCUUUCUGGGACUCAGAAAGCAUCACCCAUGGUUCCUGUCAUUGUCCAUUUAGCCUUUCAACAAUUCCUAAGAACCUCCUGUGUGCAGGCCCUGCCUGGGCACUGAGAUGUUGAAGUGGAUGAGGCUGAGCCUCUGCCUUCGAGGAGCACAGUCUGAUGAGGAUGGGUAAUCAUGAGGAAGGAGCUAAGUGGCAGAGAGGGGGCUGUGGGGCUCAGAGGGGGCUCACCAUCCAGCUGUGGGGCGGGGGCAAGGGAUGGCUUCCCAGAGGAGGAGGCAGAGCCAAGUGGAGGACAAGUGUUGUCCUUUCUGGGGUUGGUUGCUGCACUUUGCAGUUUGAGGAGAUGGAGGCGAGGAGGCUGGGGUUUCUUCGGGAUUUGGGGACAUGGUGAGAUGAGAUUUAGCAAGCCCGCCUGAGCUGCAGUGUGCAAGCUGCUGGGAAAGGGGGAGAUUGGAGCUUGCGAGGGAGUGCGGUGAAAGGCAAUAAUCCAGGAGGAGCAGCAGAUGGGAGAAAGGGGAUUCACCAGAUACGGAGGAGGUAAAGCCCACAGGACUUGGGCUCAGAUUGGGAGGAGUGGGCAAGGAUGCAGUGGGGAUCAGGCUGACUUCAGUGUUUGGCUUGGGCCUGGGGCACUGGAGAUGUGCCACCUGAGUGUUCAUGGGAGACAAACUGAUUUGGAGAGGAAGAUUAAGUUACAUCGUGGGCAUGUUGAGUUUGAGUUGCCUGUGGGACUUGGGGGUAAGAGGUAUGUAUCUUGAACAAGUUAUUCCACCUCUCUGGGCUUCUGUUUUCUCAUUUGUAAAAGGGAUUGCGUAUUACCUACCAUUUGUGAAUGGUAUAUGUGACUGUUCAAUGAAAUAAAAUAUGUAUUAUGCUGAGAACAGUGCUUGGCACAGAAUAAGUGCACAAUAAACAAUUAUGCCUUUUA